AGCGACGCUUCUCUCAUUCUCUCGAAGCUGCUGAGAGUCUCAAGGUCUUUAGGAACAGGCGCCAUUUUGUAUUGGUUUUUUUUUCCCGUCCCCUUCACAGAAGAUGAUGCACCAGUCAGCUAUUGCCAAGCAGCGCUCCUCGGCGAGUCUUCUCGUCCCUUGUCAGUUAUACUGUUCGGGCGGCGCUUCGGAGAAGCCAGCGAGUUCGUGUGGAGUUUUUCAAUGGGAUACGGAGAAACACAGGGAGAAAGCGGAGAGGCCGCAGCUGAAUGGCUUGGACUUUAACAACGGUGGGUCGCUGCCUUGUUCGCAGGACGAUGAAUUGGAUGAGGAUUUGGAUAGCGGCUCCCAGGGCUCCUCCUCUCCCCCUGACAGCCCCGUGUGCCCUAAGGACGGAUUAUAUAUGGAAACACACCGGCUCAUUGUGGCUUUUUUCCGCACAUACUGCGGCGAGGAGAGCGGCGGAUAUAAGGCCUCCUGCCUCCUCCAUCAUGGCGUCCAGCACAAGGCCCUGGAGACCCUGCUGAGGGUCGGGGGAGACAUUAUAGAGAAGCACCAUAUGGCCUUCACGGGCAUGCUGCAAAGAUUGUCUAUAAAUAGCAGAGAGGACUUGCAGAAACUUUCUGAGGUCCCCGCUUUGGUCUUCAAUGAUGGAGUUACAAACUGGGGCCGCAUUGUUACGGUCAUAAGCUUCGGUGCAUUUGUUGCAAAGCAUCUGAAGAGCAUACAUCUUGAAGACUGUAUCAACAAUUUGGCAGAGUACUUCACGCAAUUCCUUAUGACGAGCAAAAAAGACUGGAUAAUCAAGGAAAAGGCAUGGGAGGGCUUUGUGGACUUUUUUCACAUAGAAGACUAUGAAAGUGGACUCAAAACUGUUUUGAUGGCUUUCUCAAGUGUCGCCUUUCUUGGGGCCGGCUUGGCGUACAUGAUCCGAUGAACUACGCAACGUACGAACUCUGGAGGCUUUUUAAAUCUGCACUAUAGUGUUUUCCGCAUUCUUUAACAUCCGAAUGCGAUUGUGGAAACUAAAUUGGAAGAGAAGGCCAGAAUCAAGGAGGCAGUACUACCGUUGGCUGCUUGUGCUGUCCCACAUGAGUUUCUGAGAGAGUGGAAAAGACAUUGCCAAGUCCCCUGGAUUGACUGUGUCAAAUAUUUCUUUAUUUCCCCCCAAAUAUAAUAUAUUUUUUGAGUUGUAUUUCUUAAAGACUCGUAUCCUGUCUCUCCAAGAAAAGAAAUCACAGGGAAACGCAUUUACUUGCCUUGGGUUGUUCUGGGUGUAGGAAGUAGGUUUGGAAAGCUGCCCAUACACUGGCUGGGUAUGCUGUCUGUCCAAUCAGCUCUGGCUUUACAGACUCUCUGACUGUACAGCCCUUGAGCUGAUUGGGCACACCGUGUACGAUGGGCCAUGCAUUCCUAUUCUGAUCAAAUAGUAGGAAGGGAGUAGGCGCUAAAGCUCUUCUUCUCUUCCUCAUCUUCUGAUGCACCAGGCACUGACAUGAUUCACCAGCAGAGUUUUCAAACCUACCAAUAUCUAUAGUACAUAAUUAUUGGUCAGGAUCAGGCUACUAUAAAUGUGCCAAUCUCUUCAAUUUUUUUCUAUUGGUGUAUGGGCAGCUUUAGCUUUUCAGAGCCAGCCAAAUAAACUUUGGGU